AUGUCAAUAUCGAGUACAGCCGCCAAGGUCAACAUCACCGGCGUCACCUGCGGCCCGGGUCACGGCAUCAGCAUCGGCAGCCUUGGCCGGUACAAGGACGAGAAGGACGUGACUGACAUCAUGGUGAAGGACUGCACUCUCAAGAAGUCGAACAACGGCGUCCGGAUCAAGGCGUACGAGGACGCCAAGUCGGUGCUCACGGCCUCCAAGAUCCACUAUGAGAACAUCAAGAUGGAGGAUGCAGUGAACCCCAUCAUCAUCGAUAUGAAGUACUGCCCCAACAAGAUUUGCACUGCAAGCGGAGGCUCCAAGGUCACCGUCAAGGACGUGUCCUUUAAGAACAUCACAGGUACGUCCUCCACACCCGAGGCCGUCAGCCUACUCUGCACCGACAAGAUCCCAUGCAGCGGAGUCACCAUGGACAAUGUCAAUAUCGAGUACAGCGGCAAAAACAACAAGACCAUGGCCGUCUGCAAAAACGCCAAGGGUAGCGCCACGGGCUGCCUCAAGGAGCUCGCCUGCCUCUGA